AGAUAGGUGGUCCUCAACGAAGACGUCACAGACGACAAGUUCGACAUCUGCGUGGAAGACACAGUGUGUUGUGUAGCUGUGCACGUUUUGUCGUUCUGUGCGUUUGUUCCAGGCAACGUUUCAGUGUCCUGAAGUGAACUUGACUUCUGUAUCCAUAUUAGACGCCCUGGAGCGAUUUGUGGUUGUUAACAUGACCUGAAAAAGCGAGAAAGGUGACGUUUUCGACUGUUCUUUGUGUGUGGCACGCUUUCCACAGUAUCCAACAUGGCGGAACUGCUUUUGUUUGUUGCUUCAUGUUGAAGCUGCUGGUUUCAAAGAACAGGUUUGUGAUUAUCUUUAGAGUGUAUGAGAAACAGGAACUACUGCUACUCUAAGCCUGUACUCGGGGCUUUAGAGAAAAACCGGUGAACGGUUGUGACGAACCCAGAAGAUACAUCUUGUGGCACGUGUGGGGGUCUUCUUGGAAGGAAGCCUGGACAUAACCACAAAGGAUCAUCAUGUCGUGUGUCCACUACAAGUUUCACAGUCAGCUGGACUACAGCAAAGUGACGUUUGACGGCCUGAACAUCUCACUGGGGGACCUGAAGAGGGCCAUCCUGCUCCAGAAGAAGAUUGGGAAGAGUCCUGACUUUGACCUGCAGGUCACCAACGCCCAGACCAAAGAAGAAUACAAGGAUGAGGUGAGCCUGAUCCCGAAGAAUUCAUCCGUGAUAGUCCGCAGGAUCCCGCUCGGAGGUGCCGUUAAAACGAAAAUCCAACCAACGAGUACCAAUGUUGUAGCUGGUUCCAGCAUGAAGCCAGUAGGUAUCUUUGCUACAAUUCUAUCAUUAAGUACAUAUACCUAUAAGACAAUUAAGAGCCCAAAUAAUGAAUAUAUCUGUAAGACUAGAACUUUGUUCUGUGUUGGUAUACAUGAAGUGGUCACCCCAAGGGUGACUUUACUUAUGGACUUUCAACCUGGACCAAGCAAAUCAACCUUGGGCAAGAUGACAGAUCUGGUCAGUGCUGAUGCCACUGAGGAUGAGAAAAUCAAGGCAAUGAUGUCCCAGUCUACCAAAGACUACGAUCCUUCAACGUAUGUGAGGAGAGGAGGGAGGCCUUACCAGAACAACCAGGGACCCCCGCCUUCCACCUACGUGUGCUUCCGAUGCCAGAAACCUGGGCACUUCAUAAGGGACUGCCCUGUGCCUCCUACGGAGGGAAACUUCCUGGGCCCCCGAGUGAAGCGGAGCACCGGCAUCCCACGUAGCUUCAUGACAACUGUGUCUGGUCCUGGGGCCAAGGGAGCCCUUCUCACAGCCACCGGGGAAUACGCAGUACCCACUAUAGAUGAACAAGCCUACAAGGAGGGGAAGAAGGAGCGUCCUCCCUUCCUGCCCUCUCAGGAGCAGGAGGCGGCUCCAGAGGAGGACAACGCCAUCCCCCAGGAGCUCCUGUGUAUGCUGUGUAACGACCUGCUGACAGACGCUGUGGUCAUUCCCUGCUGCGGAAACAGCUUCUGUGAUGAGUGUAUGCGUAACUCACUAUUGGAGUCAGAGGAACACGUCUGCCCAUCCUGUAAUGAGACAGGCGUCUCACCAGACUCUCUUAUCGCUAACAAAUUCCUCAGACAGGCUGUGACCAACUUCAAGAAUGAGACUGGUUACACAAAGGCAAAGUCAAAGAAACAGGAGGCCGUACCAGACCCAACUCCUGCGAGACCUCCAAGUAAACCACAGGGACAGAAGCCUUCUCCAGCUGCAGGUAUCCCAGCAUCCUCUGCUCCAUCAUCCUCAAGUGCAACAGGUGUUCCCAUAGCAACAAUCACCAAGACACCCAAUGUUGUGGGGCAACCUCUGCAAUAUCUGAGUGAUCCACGACCUUCAGGCCCGCGACCUUCAGGCCCACGACAUUCAGGUCCUCGUAUACCAGGUCCUCGACCCCCGUUUGGACGUGGAAGGUUCCAAGGCCCCAGGCAUUCCAACUUUAAUCCACGAUUUCGUGGGCCACGACCACAUCAAGACUUCCCACCCCACGCACCGGAACCAAGGCCAGACCUGCCUCCAAGACUUCCACCCCCACCUCCAGCUGUACCCCCCGGUAACAGCCCCCCGUUUGUGCCGAUAUCAUCAGCUGCACCUCCCCACCCCCACCGUUCUUCCCCCUCCCCCAGGACCAGGUAUAGGCCCUGGUCCACCCCAGCCGCCUGCCUUCCCCCCAGGUCAGCCACCCCCUCCUGGCCUCACACCACCCCAGGGAUUUCCUGGACAGCCUCCUCCGGCACCCAACAGGUGAGCAACUUGGAUGGAUCGACAUCCAAACUAGACAAGAUGACCAACGACUUUGCCAAUGAGCUGGAGGCAUACAAGUUGCUCCGUCAGAAGCAGCGGCACCGCUCAGGCUCCCCGGCCAGGUCCUACAGUCGCUCUCCCUCUCACUCCUCAUGGUCGUCAUCCUCCAGCUCAGGAUCGUCCAAGUCUAGAUCCAGGUCCAGGUCAAGAUCCAGAUCAAAGUCGCGCUCCAGGACAAGACCUCGUUCGCGGUCCCGAUCGAGGUCCCGAUCCUUCUCCCGUUCUCCCAGACGUUCCAGAAGGUCGCCCAGGUUCAGGCGCUCGUUCUCGCGCUCCCCUCCCCCGCGGUCCCGAUCACGGUCCCCUCCGCGCCGAGGACGGAGGCGAUCUGCUGGAGCUCGUUACUCACGUUCUCCUUCACCAAGGUCACGCAGGCACUACCCUCCAGCUCCGCCUGGCUACCCACCAGAUCUCUACUACUACGAUCCCUACUAUUACGAACGUGCUGCUGGAUUCCCUGGCUAUCCUGGCCGGCCCAGAUCUCCCUCCUUUGACUAUUACCGGGGGCGUUCCCCUCCUCGAGGAAGGUCACCCCCACCAUACUACAGGUCCCGUUCGCCCCAUGCCCCUCCCUAUCCUUACUCAUACCCCUACCCCUACCCUCCUGAUUUCCCCCCACCCCCUCAUGCUCGCCCAUCCUCCCCAUCAAGAAGGCCUCCCGAGUCUAGCAGGCACCCUCCACGUUCAUCUAGACCUGACAGAGAUCGGGGAACCCCUCCCAAGGAUGAUGUCCGUAGAAAAGACAGAGAUAGGAGGGACAGAGGCUCUGCCGAUGGUAGCAAGAAGGAGAAACCUUCAGUGGAGCAGGAUUCUAAGAAAGAUAAAUCUACAACGGACAAAGAUGCUAGCAGUAGCAAGAAAGAAAAGUCUCCCACUGUUAGAGAGAAUAAGGAGGGUAAGGCUGAAGUGGAAGGGGAGGCAAAGGAGAAAUCAAACUCUCAGGUUAAGGAAGCUGAAGAAACCAAGGAGGUGAAGAGAUCACAUUCUCGGGAAAAACGCAGUAGAAGAAGUGGUAGGGAAGGCAGAGACAGGGACAUCACUGAGACAACAGCUCAAGAUGGUGAAAGCAAAGAAAAAGUUGAGCCUGGUGCAGACGUGAAAGCAAAGGAGGGCAGUGCCAGCAGUAGUAGUAGACAUAGACAUCAUCAUAAACACAAGCGCAGGCAUAGUAAACGGAACCCAGAAGCCAUGAUUGAAACUGAAAGUGCUGCUAAAGUUGAAGCAACUGCAGAGAAACAGGAUGUUGAACCCGAAGUCAGCAAAGCUGAAGUUCCUGUUGAAGAAAAAGUUCCUCCUCCCAAGGAAGUUGCCCCAGCAUCCUCCACAGAACCUGCUCCAGAGGAACCUCCUGAGAAGAAAGCCAAGGAGGAACGGGUGGAGGCAAAACCCUCAAAGGAAAGCCGCUCACACAGGCAGCACAAACAUGCUUCCAGUAAAACAUCUCAAGACAAACAUACCAGUAAGAGAAAGAGAAAGGAGAGCAAGCCUGACAGCAGGGCAGAACAGGAAGCAGCAAAUGGCAGUGUCCAGUCAGAAAUGCCGUCAGAAGUUGCUGCAAGCGACGACAAGAAGAGGGAGAAAAAACAGGAAGAGAAAGCUAGGAUUAGAAUUGAACCGCCAGAACCUGUCCCUACGAAAAAGGUCAAGCUUGAAAGGUCCGAUGAUGAAAAGCGUAAGGAGAAGGCCCGCAGUGUGGUGAAGCUACACGUAAAAGAGGACAUGCCAAGCAGCUCUGAAGCUCCUCCUACCAAAGAGAAGGUCAAGAAAGAGAAGACCACCAAGAGGAAGGUGACCGUGUUGUCAGACACAAUCGCCACAUCAUCAUCAUCUCUGGUAGGGUACUCCAGUGCCAGCUCCACCGGGGGCUCUCCUGCCAAGAAGAAGGCCAGAUCAGAGGCCAUGGGACUCAGCAGGACUGUACAGUUGAAGGCUGCCAGUUCCAGCCCUACUGUAGUGAAGAAGGACGUGCAGGUUGCUCCUGCCUCCAGCACAUCAGCAGAAGAGAUGAUCACCAUCACCUUACCUCUGUCCAAGUGGGAACGGGACGACUUCGAUUCAGAGGGAACCAACACACCCUCCCGGUUGUCCCCAGUCAAGGACUACACACAUGAGGAAGCAGAAUUUGAGCCAGACUACAGCAUCUCAAGCUCGGAAUCUGAGAGUGAGGAGGGAGACACGGCUACAGAUGCAGGCUCUCAGGCACCCGACCAGGCUACCUCGGCCAGCCCCAGUCCACCAGGCAGCCCCAAGCACAAGAAGAAGCACAAGAAAAACAAGAAGAAGCACAAGAAGGAGAAAAAGGCAGAGAGCUCUAAGAAGCACAAACACAAGAAAAAGAAAACCAAACAUAAGCACAAAGACAAGGAUAAAGCAAAGAGUAAAGAUAACUCCUCAAAGGUCAAGUCCAUUGUGAAAACAUAGGACUAUGAACAGAUUGAUAUGAUAACCAAGAUAAGUGCCAAGUUGUGUCUCAAAAAUCAUGUGGCCUGUGAGCUAAGAAACCUUGGUCAGUGUAAGUGCAAGCAAAUGAAAAUGCCUGGUGCUUGCCAUUGUGGGUUAUGUGCAAGGAGACAAGGAAAGCAUGCUAAAGCAAGGUAGUAACUUACACUGACGUGCAGUUGUCACCAUUGCUUUAUCUAAAAGUCUUUGUUAGAUUUCAAAAGAAGAGGUGUGUAUCCUGCAGGUGUAUUCAUGGACAACAUUGUCAAAUUUAUAUCAAUGUGUACACAAGG